UUAUGCCUUAAUAAUACUGCUUAUUUUCUAAUUUCUCCAUGUUGGCUCAGAAGCGAGACAAACACUCAAAAGAGUUGUCUCUCGAUCUCUGUUGCUAUGGAGUCCCUGGUAGCCUACAUGUAGGUCGGUUGUAAACAUUUCAGGGUUGCUGUAGAUGGUUUGCUGCAGUUGCCCGUCGAUUAAGCUUGUGCUCCUCAUUGCAUUUUGUGAAAUCCCACAAAGUCUUUGCAGCCUGAAAUUUUUCAGCAAGUAGGUUGCACUACUGCUCGGUUUCUGCAUGACAGGAUUCCACAUGACAAUACCACUAACCUGUUGAGCAGGAUGCACUGCAGCAAAGGGUCUGGAGCACAGUAAACAAGACGGGGAGAGUGUAGGUGGAGUGGAGGAGGGGGACAGAAGUGAGUUAAAUCAGUUACUCGGCUAAAAAACCAGUGCCACGCCCAAGGUGCCAGGGCUAGUAAGAGCAAGCAGGAGGAAUGUGAGGGAAAUGAAUGGGAUUGUAAGUCCUACCAUUCACAUGAGUCAGUGUAUGACCUUCUUCCCAGAGAGCUGCAGUUGCCUUCAUCCACUCAGCAAAGCCCAAAAGUCAUGAGUCAAAAGAGCGGCGGAGAGGCAGGGCCUCUCCCUUCAGCUUCUCUAGCAUCAGGAAGUUCCCUAUGAAGCAGGGAGUGUCUGCAUUUUAUAUGCAGAAAAUGGUCUGCAGUUCUCUGCUUCCUAGAUGCCUCUUCUCUGACCAUGGAAGGCCCUCGCAGUGCUUUUUCCACCUCUUCCAGCUCCACCAUGCAUUCCAGUAAUCUAACCAAUGACCAGAAACCAGUUAAAGACAGUAAUGUUGAUCCAGACGACACCAGGAGUACCAAAGUGGUACCAGAGGCUGCUGGAGCAGAACGUGGAAAUGGUAACGGCAGGGGCAGCGGCGAGCUAGCAGGAGGAAAAGGUGUAACAACCCAGGAAGGCCCACUGCAUCACCCACUGACUCCAUCAAAGCGUCGCACCGUACUGAACAUCUCGCCACCUCCAGAAGAUUUGUUUGAUGACAGCCAAAUGUCCUGCCAAGAUGAUGGGACCCAGGAUACAGAGCAAAGUAACAGCAUCUGGAUGGAUGAAUCUCUGUCCAACUUCAGUGUGACGAGCACGCUGUCUUACAAUGACAACACAGAGGUGCCACGGAAGUCCCGCAAACGUACCCCCCGUCAAAGGCCUGGCCCUAAGACGGCGCCAGCAGGGGAGGGCAGCAUGGAUGUGUUUGAUGCAGACAGUGCCAAAGGCCCACACUUUGUCCUGUCGCAGCUACUAGGCCCUGACAGCAAGGGAGGACAUAAAGGAAGUUCUGAUGAACCUCAGACUACUAUUCAGAAAGGAGGAACUCUCUCGAUGCAGUUCCCACAAAAGAGUGAGGGGAAAGAGUUGAAGAUCCUCGUCCAGCCUGAGACCCAACACAGAGCCCGCUAUCUGACUGAAGGCAGCAGAGGAUCCGUGAAGGACCGCACUCAGCAGGGCUUCCCUACUGUAAAGUUGGAGGGAGUGAGCGAGCCAGUGGUUUUGCAGGUGUUCGUUGGCACCGAUGCCGGCCGCGUGAAGCCUCAUGGGUUUUACCAAGCCUGCAGGGUUACUGGUCGCAACACCACAGCCUGCAAGGAGGUUGAUAUUGAAGGCACAACUGUUAUCGAAGUGUCCCUGGAUCCAAGCUCCAACAUGACCCUAGCGGUGGACUGUGUUGGGAUCCUGAAGCUCCGCAACGCUGAUGUAGAGGCUCGCAUUGGGGUGGCCGGAUCAAAGAAGAAGAGCACACGUGCUCGGCUCGUGUUUCGGGUCAACAUCCCCCGUCCAGAUGGUUCAGUGCUUACACUACAGACUCCCUCAUCUCCAAUCCUGUGUACCCAGCCAGCAGGAGUGCCUGAAAUACUGAAAAAGUCACUGCACAGCUGUUCAGUGAGGGGUGGAGAGGAGGUCUUCAUCAUUGGAAAAAACUUUCUUAAAGACACCAAAGUCAUAUUUCAGGAGAAUGCCUCUGAUGAGAAGUCAUGGAAGGCAGAGGCUGAAAUUGACAUGGAGCUUUUUCACCAGAAUCACCUGAUAGUAAAGGUUCCUCCCUACCAGAACCAAGUCAUCACAUCUAAAGUGUGUGUAGGAAUCUACGUGGUGACGAAUGCUGGGAGAUCCCAUGACGUUCAGCCAUUUACUUACACUCCAGAUCCAGCAACAAUCGAUGUUCCUGUGAAGAAAGAGUUGCCUUCUCCAGUGAAGACGUGUUCUUUUGAUGAGCAAAUUAAAGUAAAGAGAGAAGAUGUCACUCCAAUGGAGGUGACAAGCAACCUUCAGUCUUCAGGAGUAUUUAAGCAGACUGGUGAUCUGUGCCCAGCCCAGCAGAACUCUGAUAUGACGGCAGGACAUCUAAAUAAAAACAGAGUAUUCUCCAGCAACCUGUCUCAGCCUGCAGGUGAUCCUGACAAAGGCCAGGCGCCUGUUUUUACCAGCGCUGAGCCCUUAAGCACCAUCCAGAAGCAGGACAUUGUUGCGGGCAGCUCGUUCUCUGUGCCUGCAGACUCUCUGCUUCAGCAAGGAUCACAGCAGUUCCUUUUGGAGACCAGAGAUGGCCUCAGGCAGGAGAGGCCAGGUGUCAGUUCUGGAGCUGUGGGAAGGUUGUGUGGGGAACCUGCAUCUCAACCGCAGCAGCUGCCACUCUUUCCUCCAGAUGAAGUAGCCCAGCUGGAAGAAGCAGUGAGACAACUAAAAGCCAAAGGAUACUGUAACUUAUCACUUCAAUCUGACAACCCUAUAACCAAACAGCAGCAGCAACACAUCCAGCAUCAGCAACAGAUCCAAAAACAGCAAAUUCAGCAGCAGCAACAGCAGCAGCAGGUUAUGGAGAAUCUGCAGCAGCAGCUGUUUCAGUCACAGAUGCAGAUGCACUGUGCCAUGUUUCAGGAUGCAUCCCAGGCCAAGAAUGGAGAGCUUCAGGUCUCAUCACCAGGUGUGGUGACUAACCAGGGAUCACUUUUCCAGCCGGACCAGCAACAGCAACAACAACAGCAGCAGCAACAGCAGGCAGCUCUUUUUCAGCAGGCAAAUGAUCUUCUUUCUAUCCAGACAAACUUCCUCCAGCAGACCCCAUCUCACUCUUCACCACCGAUGUUUCACAAUCCCAGCACUCUGGCAGAAACGCAGGAUCCACAGGGGGCGCUGUUUCAAAAAGCCUCCCAGGAACAGGUCCAGGCUGCACUCUUCCAAAGCACCAUGACAGUGCUACAGUCUCCAGAGCAGCAAGCCUCAUCCCCUGGACUCUUCCUCCCCCAGACCUCUAUGUCCAAUCAGCUUUCAAACAACAGUUCCCAGCAACAGCAGCAGCAGCAGCAGUUGGCCUUCCUUAGCGCUUUACAAUCUUCUUCCCCUGAACCACAGUCAGUAUUUCAGACCCAGAUCUCCCCCAUCCAGCAGAGAAGCCCCAUGGAGCAGGAGCAACCAUCUCAGCCUCAACACCACACACAGCCAGCCCAGCAGGCCACCCUGUUUCAGAACAUCUCCCCACAUUCAUCUACAAAUUCACUUUCUCCAGGCCAGCAGCAGCAGCAACAGCAGGCUGGCUUGCUGUUUUGCAGCAACACACUUUCCACACCAGACCAGGGCUCUAGCAUCCUUUUCAGUAACCAAGGCCAAAUGCCUCCUUUGACCAACAACAGUCUAGUUUCUCAAGAGCCCCAAAACACCCCUCUGCCCUUUUCUCAAGCCAACAUGGUGACGGUAACCCAGCAAGAUCGCCCAGAACCCAUGACCUUAGGGAACCCUACUGAACCACCACAGCAAGCCAUGUUUCAGGAGCAACAACCUAUGCAGCUGGGGAACAGCAGCAACAGAGAGGAGCAGCCUGUGGGUCUCUUCAUGCCUCAGUCCACUAUGGCCUCUCUGCAGGGGGGUCUGGCCGCUCAGGAGCUUGCACAAUCAGCCGUGUUUGCCUCACAGAAUGGCGUGGCAAACCUCCAGACAACUACGUCCUCCCCUGUUCAACAGCCAGGAUCUCUGUUUCAAACAGCUGUGAGUGGGAGCGUCAAUCAAUCCAGCCAGCCUCAACAAGCUGGCCUCUUCCUUUUCGGUAUCCAGAACGAAUGCGGCCAGUUGAUGGAAACUCCUGGAAACACGCUGUCAGAUCAGAUAAUAGCAAUCAGCCAGUCUGGUCAGAACCAGAGAGAGAGUGAAGCGCACAUCCAAUCCCUGCUCAGCCAGUCCCUCUCUCAGUCUGGCACUGUGCCGAACACCAUGUCUGCCUCUCAGAACAUGGAGAAGAUUGACGAUCUGCUGGUCAGCCUGCAGGAGCCGGGCAGCAACAUAACUCGUUCCUACUAAUUGAAUGCAGGUUUAUAACUUUUUCUAUUUGUAGGUCCAAAUAUUGUCUCUUAGGAAUUUUAUGUAAGUUAAACCUUUAAAAUUAACCCUCAGUGAUGUGUUUAUUUGUGGUCACUUCAUGUUUUGUUUUUUUCUGAACUAUAUGCAUAUGAUUUGGUCUUCUUUUAAGGGUGUGUUAGGAAAGAACAGUUAAGAUGAGCUAAAGAUUUUAUAGUGAUCAUGAAGAUAAAGUGGACAAAUUAAUAUUCGGAUAACUAAAAGAAAUGAAACAUAAACAUCUCUAACUCAAUGACUGAAUGGCUGAAAAUGGCAAUGGACUCCAGAGAAGGAAACUUCCGUGAAACUUUGAAAGAUGUUGAAUUUAGACCUCGGGAAAGACACUAACCAGCAAUCCUUGGAAUUUGUUAGAGUUCUAUCUGUAAGUAGAAUUUCACUAAUGUUAUUUGCAGUAUCUUUUAGUUCUUGUGGUGUUUUCACAAAUCACAUUCUUUUUUUUUUCCUUUUUUAAAAACUUUUGUAUUUUGGUUGCACGGAGCAUGGAUUGUGUGACACAGUGAGAGGAGUGCGGUAUGUAGGGGUUGAAGGGGUUUUAGUUCAAGGACCACAUGAAAUCAGUUUGAUUUCAUUUCAGUGGGUGUUAGGGCAGUUCAAUCACUGAACUUCAACUUUAAAAAGUUUAAUAAACAUAAGUUAAUGAAUCCUCCAUUUUUCAAAAAGAAAACAAGAACCAACAGUCUGAGAUGUUUUUGGUUUAACCUCAGUGUAGCAUGACAGGCCAUGAGUUAUUUCUUUUUCAAGAGGGAGUUGGUUUAGACAGCCACUCUCAUUAGUUGGAUGAUUUUUAAUUACUUUUAACUACUGCUAUUAAAAAAAACAACAGACUGAAGAGACCACAGAUUGUGCAAGUUCUACAGUUUGUUAAAGUCUUUGAGUGGGCUGAAUUGGCUCCUCUGCCCUCAUGUUUGACACCCCUGGUAGGUAGCUUCUGUUGAGUCAUGUGAUCCAACAGUGUAGAAAAUGUGAAAGAAGGCUGGAGCAGGCAGAGAAAUGAGAGACAAAGGACGAGCUGUAAAAACGAAUACACACUAAUCUUAUGUAAUAUCGCAAUUAAGUUUUGUUUGUUUGUGGGUAAUAUUUCAUUGUUGUAGCAGCAAGCUUGCACCCGAUAGU